GGCUCCCAUCUUUCCGCGCUCGAGGCCACCCGGCAACGCGGAGCACUCGAGCCGUCGCUGUCGCCGUCGCCUUCGGCCUUCCUGUGGCGCGGCUCCGCGGGACUGGGAGGACCCUGAAGGCGAGCAGAAGAUAGCCACAAUGGCUGAAAAUGGUGAUAAUGAAAAAAUGGCGGCCCUGGAAGCCAAAAUCUGCCAUCAGAUUGAGUAUUAUUUUGGUGACUUCAAUUUGCCUCGGGACAAAUUUUUAAAGGAACAAAUCAAACUAGAUGAGGGCUGGGUGCCUUUGGAGAUAAUGAUAAAAUUCAACAGGUUAAAUCGUCUAACAACAGAUUUUAAUGUAAUUGUUGAUGCACUGAGCAAAUCUAAGGCAGAACUCAUGGAAAUAAGUGAAGACAAAACUAAAAUCCGAAGAUCUCCAAGUAAACCCCUCCCUGAAGUAACGGAUGAGUAUAAAAAUGAUGUAAAAAACAGAUCUGUUUACAUUAAAGGUUUCCCAACUGAUGCAACCCUUGAUGACAUAAAAGAAUGGUUAGAAAAUAAAGGUCAAGUACUAAAUAUUCAAAUGAGAAGAACACUUCACAAAGCUUUUAAGGGAUCAAUAUUUGCUGUGUUUGAUAGCAGUGAAUCUGCCAAGAAGUUUGUGGAGAUGCCUGGCCAGAAGUACAAAGACACAGACCUGCUAAUACUUUUCAAGGAAGAUUACUUUGCAAAAAAAAAUGAAGAGAGAAAGCAAAAUAAAGUAGAAGCCAAAUUACGAGCUAAGCGAGAGCAAGAGGAAAAACAAAAAUUAGCAGAAAAUGCUGAGAUGAAAUCUCUAGAAGAAAAGAUUGGGUGCUUGCUGAAAUUUUCAGGGGAUUUAGAUGAUCAGACCUGUAGAGAAGAUUUGCACAUCCUUUUCUCAAAUCAUGGUGAAAUAAAAUGGAUAGACUUUGUCAGAGGAGCAAAAGAGGGAAUAAUUCUAUUCAAGGAAAAAGCUAAGGAUGCACUCGAUAAAGCCAAAGAUGCAAAUAAUGGUAACCUGCAAUUAAGGAAUAAAGAUGUGACGUGGGAAGUUCUUGAAGGAGAUGUGGAAAAAGAAGCACUUAAAAAAAUCAUAGAAGAUCAACAAGAAUCCCUAAGUAAAUGGAAAUCAAAAGGUCGCAAAUUUAAAGGAAAGGGAAAGGGAAAUAAAGCCCAGGCUGGGUCUGCUAAAGGAAAAGUACAAUUUCAGGGCAAGAAAACUAAAUUUGAUAGUGAUAAUGAACGUGAUGAGAAUGGAGCAUCUGGACCUGCAAAAAGAGCAAGAGAAGACACCGACAAAGAUGAACCUGCGUCGAAACAAAAGAAAACAGAAAAUGGUGCUGGAGACCAGUAGUUUAAUAACCAAAAAAAAUUUAAUUCACUUUAAUUUGUUAUUAUGCAGCUUGUUUUGGAAGACUUAAAAAGAAAACCGAAUUAAGUCCACUUCAAUGUCCACCUGUAAGAAAAAAAUUGAACCUUUUUUUUGUUAUCUAAGUGAGUUUUUUAUGUAUAGUUGUUUGUGUUAUUUCAGAUAUUCAAAUGUCAGACAAUUCUUUCACUGAAUUGCUUUUGUAAUAUGGAAAAUGUAUUACUACAAACUAAUAAAA